UCACAGCCUUCUCCCAACAUGUACCCACACGUCCACACUGUCCCAAACUAUUUUCAGCCCUGGCUUCCCUACCAGUGCGUCCUUCACCUUCUUCCGCUGGAGAAGAAGCUCUAACCCUGCAUUUAAUAGGAUACACAUCUCCUUCAAAGAGAUUAAUCCACUAUGAAGGAGAUCACAGAGGACAUACAGAAGAUUUUUGAAGAAGCACCAGGAGCCAGGAAGGCUCUCCUCGACAACCACAGCAAUCUCAACAAGGUGGCCGACUACUGCGAGAACAACUACCUGAAUGUGGAAGAUACUACAAAAGCAGUGGAGGAGUCCAAAGCCUUAACCACGCAGGCUCUGGCCAGCGUCGCCUACCAAAUCAACACACUAGCAUCAGCUGUACUGAAACUGCUGGAUGCUCAGACCAGCCAACUCAAAAAGAUGGAAUCCUCUGUCAAUAUCCUGACCAGGACAGUGGAUAUAUUUAAGGAAAAGGCAGCGCGGCAUGAGAUCGGGUUGUUGACCACGCCUCGGAAAAUGACCUACGCCCUGCAGAUGUCUCCUCCUGAGAUCACAGAGAAACCCAUCCUCGAGUACAAGCGCGUCCCAAUAUCCUACAACAGCCUGGACUCACUGGGACAUGGACACUGGGAUGGCACAAAACCGUCACAAAAGAAACCUGAAGCAGAGGCACCGACCCCACAACUGAGUACCCUGGAGGGAGGACAUGUACAUGGGUCUGGCUCAGGCAUUGCUGUUCCUCCUCCAUCAGUCCCCAACUGGGUAGGCCUAAGAUCCACUGCUCCCCAAACCUGCACCACCCCUCAACCUUCUCCUUCAACCAUGGCCAUCUCCUCCCUACCUCCUCCAAGUUUCUCUUCCAGCGCUGCACCUCCACCACCUCCUGCUCCACCACUGAGCACUGAUCCUGGAGCCUUUCCACCUCCAUCAACUCCGUAUACCUCAGCAGCUCCUCCUCCCCCUGCACCUCCUUCUCCAUCUAACCCUGCUUUCAGAGACUCUUUCAUGCUGCCACCACCUCCAACUCCUCAGUCUGACUUCAUGGAUUCCCUCCCACCUCCUCCUCCACCACCUCCUUCUGAGAACAGUUCCAUGAUUGCUCCUCCACCGCCUCCUCCUUCACCUCCAGGCUUUGCUUUUGGAGGCUCAUCUUUGCCACCUCCACCACCUCUAUCUCAUGCCUCCAUGGCACCACCUCCUUCCCCCCUCCUCAAUCCUAGUGCUGGAAGAGGUCAUGCUCCUCCUCCUCCACCAGUUCGUUCCAAUAAUACUGGUAUAGGAUGUCCUCCUCCACCUCCACCUCCUUCUGUUUUGCCUACACCUAGCUCAACCUUAAGAGGCUCACCUUUUGCUCCACCACCCCCACCACCACCUCAAAACACUUCUUCAAUUCCACCACCACCUCCUCCACCUUUCCAGAAAACUUCUUCAAUCCCACCACCUCCACCCCCACCUCCUCAGAGCACUUCUUCAGUUCCACCACCACCUCCUCCUCCACCUCCAACUGGAAAAGGUCAAAUCCCACCCCCACCACCUCCACCUCCUCAGAACGUGUCAUCAAUCCCACCACCACCACCUCCUCCUCCACCACCACCAGCUCCUCCUGGAAAGGGUCACAUUCCUCCACCUCCUCCACCACCAUUUUAAAUAUUAAAGGUGGUGUUUUUUGGAAAAGGAACUUUUGGAUCUAUUAUUAUUUACAUUGCAAGUAUGUGAAAAGCCAUGAGGUUGAAAAAGUAUUCAUACUCCUUGAACUUUGUCACGUUGUAUUAUGUCACACCCACAAACUUGUAAAAUGUAUUUUAUUGUGAUUUCACAGUAAUAGUCAAAAGUUUAAACCUUAAAUUCAGUGUUUUUUCAUUAUUCUAAAAUGUUCUGCAUGUUAGAAUAAUACUACAAUCAUCCAAACUAUGACGAAACAGUGUCAUCAUUUAGUAAACAAAAAAGUGUUAAACAAACCAGAAUAUGUUUUAUUUUUUAGAUUCUUCAAAGUAGGACCUCUUGCUUAGAUGACAGCUUUACGCAUGUUGGCAUUUUCUCAGUCAGCGUUAUGAGGUAGAGUCACCUGGAAUUCAGGCUUUCAGUUAACAGCUGUGCUGAACUCAUCAAGAGUUAAUUAAAUGUCUUGAAUUUCUUGUCUCUUAAUGUGUUUAAGAGCAUCAGUUGUAAAGUUGUGAAGAGGUAAAGUUACAGGUAUACAGUUAAUAACACUAUGAGUAAUGUUCUAAUCCAUAUUAUGGCAAGAACUUCUUAACUAAAAAAGAAAAACAAUACUUUAAAAAAUAAUGGUCAGUCAAUCUGAAAAUCAGGAAAAUCUGAAAUAAGGAAGAGAAAGAGUUCCCUCUGUUGCACAGGAUAAGUUAAUCAAAGUUACCAGCCUCAGAAACCACAAGUUAACAGCUUCCCAGAUAAGAGUCACCUAGCAUUUUGGUUUGUUUAAUACUUUCAAGUUACUACAUGAUUCCUUUUGUGUUCCUUCAUAGUCUGGAUGAGCUCAGUGUUCAUUUACAAUAUAGGAAAAACUUUGAAUGCAAAAGCAUUUGACAACAAUUGUAUGUGAUGGACCAACACAAGAUGUCAAGUAAUACGUACAGUAUACAGUAUGUUGCAAUUACAGCUGCAAGUCUUUUGGGGUAUGUCUCUACCAAAAUUGUGCAUCUUUAGACUGAGAUUUUUGCUCAUUCUUCUUUGCAAAACAGCUGAAGCUCAGCCAGGUUGGAUGGAGAGCUGUUUGUCUGUGAACAGCAAUUGUCAUGUCUUGCCGCAGAAGCUAAGUGGUAUUUAGGUCAGGACUUAUUUUAGGGACUUAUAUUAGGGCAUUCUAACACAUCCACUGUAGCUUUUGCUGUAUGUUUAGGGCUGUUGUCCUUCAAGAAGGUUAAGCUCUGCUUAAAGUCUCAAGUCUUUUUCAGCUUCCAACAGGUUUUCCUACAGGAUUGCCUUGUAUUUAGCUCCACCCAUCUUUACACCCAACUCUGACCAGCUUCCGAACUCUGUCCCUGCUGAAGAAUCCCUCAGCUGGAUACUGCCUUCACCAUGUUUCACAGUGGGGAUGGUACCUUCAGGGUGAUGUGCAGGGUUUUUUCUCUAGAAAUAGUGUUUUGCACUCAGACCAAAAAGUUAAACUUUGGUCUUAUUGUAUCUGACAUCUUCUACUUGUUUGCAGUUCCCCUUACAUGGACUGAUUGCGGUUUGCUUUUAAAAAUGUCUUUCUUCUUGCCAUAUAGGCCAUAAUUAUGGACUGCAUGACAUAGUUGUCCUGUGGACAGAUACUCCCUCCUAAACUGUUGAUCUCUAUAGCUCCUCCAGAGUGACCAUGGGCCUCUUGGCUGCUUCUCUGUUUAGUGCUCUUCUUGCCUGGGCUGUCAGUUUAGGUAGACAGUCACAAUUCACAAUUAUGUGGUACUCUGUGUUGAUCUAUCACAUGAACAUCCCAACAAAAAACAUACAAGUUUGUAAGUGUACAUUAAAAAACAUGUGGAAAGUGAUAUGAAUACUUUUAAGGCACUGUACAAUUUCUUAUUUGUGUUGAUUAUGCUAUUAUAAUAUAAUCACAGUUAGAAUGCACAAAUAACAAAUUGUAAUGUAAAAUAAUCUCAGAACACAAAGUAUAAAUGUAGUGUAAAAAGUAUAAAUCUGCAUAUAUAAAAUAUAUAUAUUUCUAUUGAAUCAAUAAAACUGAUAUAUUAGUUCUUUCCAAGCUCAUGUAACCAAACAAACAACUUGUAAAUAAUAAA